AUGAGCCCAUUAUCAUACGCGCUUAUUAAAAGCUCAAGAAGAUGCAUUGAUCAAAUCCUUAACUAUAUUAUAAAUUUAGAAGAUGAUUAUAAGCUAUUCCAUUGUAUCCAUCAGAUACGUGAUGACGUGCCAUUGCUGUUUAAUACAAAGUCUCUAUAUUUGGUUCCCUUUUUGGAAUUUUUAUUUGUGAGAAGAGCUGAUAAAGACAUUAUUGGCUUCUAUGAAAUUAGAGAAGAAUUGCCUAUGACCAUUUUUUCUCCUGUCUCUAAAAUUUAUACAGCUGCUUUUACUAGGGAAAAUGGAACUGAAAAAGAUUCUGCAAAACAAAAUAUGAUCCUUGUUCAGUUUUGGGGAAGCCCGUUAGGCUACAACUAUACAGCAGGGUCUGAAGAAAGCUUGCAGCUUUUAAAGAAAAUGAAUGAGUGCGAAACUCAAGGAAUUUUUCAAACUUUAUUUAUACAGUCCCUUAUAAGAGAAAAAUGGGAUUACUUAUGGCCAGCAAUAAUUACGUUUUCAGUCAUAUAUUGGCUUAAUCUUAUCACUAUGGUAUGAUAUAUCUUUGAUCCUAACAUUUAUAUAUUAACAAAUUUUAUUGUGCUAAACGGAAUUCUUGCUCUCUAUGAACUUUUGCAAGCUAUUACUAAGCCUACAGAUUAUAUUUCUGAUAUAUGAAAUUUUAUUGAUUUGCUGCGAUUAAUAUUAUCUAUUUUAUGGGCGAUUUUUGAGGUUUGUGACGAAAAUGUAAAAGGGUUGGCUUUUUCAAUGGUUUUAUUUAAUUUUUUCAGAGGCUUGACAUAUUUCCGUGCUUUUGAUUUUACAAGAUUUUAUGUCAGGCUGAUUUUAAUGGCACUCACAGAUUCUUUUGCAUUUUUAGUCAUUUUUCUGUAUUCCACCCUUGCAUUUGGAGUUCUCUAUGCUUCUCUUGAUAAUAGUCUUUCCCUUGGUGAAGUUUGGGCAAUGACUUAUGAGCUUAAUAUGGGCAAUUUUGAUAACGAAAAAAUUUCUUUCUUCCAAUACUCAUGCUUUACCUUGGCUUCUUUAAUUAAUGUAGUUAUGAUGCUUAAUUUGCUAGUAUCAACAUUAGGGGAUACUUUUGAUAGAUUCCAAAUGAUUGCUGACGAAUUAAAUUCUAAAGAAAUGCUACAAUUAGUCAUUGAAUUUGAAUCUAUUAUGUUUUGGAAGAGGUCAGAGCUUGCAAAAUUAAGAUCAAAAGGAAAAUUACUAUAUCUACAGAGAUGCGAUAUUUUUCAAGAUACUAAUGUGUCAGAUAAAUGGCAAGGCAAAAUUAAAGAAAUUUCAUUUAAAAUAGAUGGAUAUAAAGACGAAGUUUUGGGGAUAAAAAAAAAUAUGAGCGAAGAAUUAAAAAAUAUUGGUGAAGAUUUAGGAAGAAGUUUAAAUGAAAAAUUACAGAAAUUGGAAGAAAAAGUUGAAAGCAAAAUUGAAUUGCUAAGGCAAGAUUGGGAUUCAAAAAUUAAUGGGGUUAUUAAAAUGCUUGAAGAAAUGAACAAAAAUAGAAAUAUAACUUAA